AUGACUGAAGCCCCGGCCGACAAGCAACGCCUUGACGCGCUCACCGCACUCGACAAUGCCAAGUUCUCCAAAUCCCACGUCAAAGCCAUCCUUGUGGCCGGUUCCGGUUUCUUCGUUGACUCGUACGACAACUUCGUCAUCGGUCUCAUGGUGCCCAUGAUUGCCUAUGAAUACUUCGACAAGUCCAGCCUCACCUCACGCGCCGACGGAUGGGUCAAGGCCGCCUCCUCCUAUGGUAACGCCGUGGGCCAGAUCUCCUUCGCCAUUCUCGGCGACAUCCUCGGUCGCAAACGUAUCUACGGCAUCGAGCUCAUGGUACUCAUCGGUGGCGCGCUGCUGUGCGCGUUCGCUUCCUGGCCAGUCAACGGUGAUGCCAACAACCUGCUCAUCUUGCUUGCUAUCUGGCGCUUCGUGCUGGGCGUGGGCAUCGGCGGAGACUAUCCCGUCUUGGCCGUCAUUACCAGCGAGUUCGCGUCGGCCAAACGCCGCGGCACCAUGAUCGCCACCGUCUUCGCCAUGCAGGGUUUCGGUAUCAUCGCCGGUGCCGUCAUGGCCAUCAUCGUGCUUGCCGCCGCCAAGGACAGUAUCCUCGAGAACGGCGCCUCGUCACUCGGCUACUGUUGGCGCACAUUGGCCGCGUUCGGCGCCUUUCCCGCUUUGGCCGCCGUUUACUGGCGUCUUAAGAUCCCGGAAACACCGCGUUAUGCAAUGGACGUGCUCGGAGACACGGAGGAGGGUGCACGCGCUGCCACCCAGUUCCUCCAGGCAGACAAGAUCACGACUGACAUGUACGUCAAGGGCGACGGCAAGACUGGAUUCUUCGAGAACUUCUCCUACUCGUUCAAAACUUACUUCAACAAGUGGGCCAAUCUCAAGGUGCUCAUCGGUUGUGCGGCUGCCUGGUUCUUCCUCGACAUCGGCUACUACGGUACGUCGCUCAACACGUCGGUGGUGCUUGAAAUCAUCGGCUACGGCAGUCCUUCGUCCACGGGGAACCAGAAAAUCUACGACGAUCUGUGGAACCGCUCGGUCGACACGGCCAUUAUCAACUUGGCCGGCACCGUGCCUGGUUACUGGUUUACGGUGUAUUUCGUUGACAACUCGACUGGUCACGGUAUCUCCGCUGCAUCGGGCAAGGUCGGAGCUAUCAUUGCUGCACAAUGUUUCUCGGUGAUUGCGAAGGGCUCGUUUGGUUUCAAGGGUGUGCUGUACAUCUUCGCUGCCUGCUGUUUCUUCGGUCUGCUGUUCUCGUUCUGGGUGCCCGAGACGAAGAACAUGACGCUGGAGGAGCUAAGUGCGCUGGACAGGGAAGGAAUCCCGAAUGGAGACGACAUCGACCCAAGCUUUAAAGAUAUUGACCAAGCGUACAAGGCUGUGCAGACUCCUGGUGCCUCGGUUCAGUAA